AUGAGCCUCGACAGGCCGCGCUGCGUCGGCGUUUCCGCCUCGCAAGUGGAUCAUCGCGACUACGUCUCGCAGCUCGAGCGGCAAGCCCGAUCCGCCUUUCAGACACUCAGCGGCAGCCGGCUGGGCCCAGUCGAGCGCCAGUCGGCCCUCACAGAGGCCAAGAUUGCCUUCCAUGCGCUGCUCACCGCCGAAGAGGCAGUCGCGGUAUCGAUGCUGGCCUCGAGCACCGAGCUAUUCGCCCACGUCGUCGACCUCGGCCCGAACGACUCUCGUAGGCUGGCAGCGCAGUGCCUGUCCGACUGGUUCGCGACGCACGCUCUCCACCAUGAGCAGCAGCGGCGACAGCAGCAGCAGCAGCAGCAGCAGCAGCAGCAGCAGCAGCAACCCGACCACUCUACGACGUUUGGCCAUACCGAGCAGCGCGCUUUGGUGGCCGCGCUAGUGCGAUGCGUCAAUGCCUGCCUGCGGAAGAGCAGGACCGGGCUUGUAGCGACAGCCCCACCGCCAGCCCGACUCUCGGCUUCGUCGCUGCGAACGGCUGCGUCUGCGCUCAAGGCCCUGCAUGCUCUCCUCGUCGCCCGAGCCGGCUCGUCGGAGCGCCCAACGGCCUCAGCCGAGCCGCUGGACUCUGCCAGCAUCAUGGAUAUGCUUCUCUUGGCCAUCUACACCGGCCUGACCGACAUUGCGCCCUCGGCUCCCUCCGGGCAUAGGAGCUCGGUUUCGAUCGGUGGAUCAUCCGCCCGGGCUGGCGUCGCUCGCCUGCAAGCCGGCGCCCUCUCGUUCCCACCAUCGCACCACGCCAACGGCCUGUCCUCCAGUCGCUCCUUCACGAAGAUGGAGGCUGGCCCCCAUCCUUCGGUGGCUGCGUCGCCGUCGCUGUCGUCGCACGAGCACGAUCCAGGCUUCGAUGCUGGCGCCGCUGGCUACGCAACCGAAGCUAGCGUCGUAGGCGACCAUUCAGAGAGCGACAUCGACAGCACCGCCAACCGAUCUGCAUGUGGCUCCGGCAGUGAGGGAAGUAGGUCGGCGCAGCACCGCACUUUGAGGGAUUCGGGGGCGCUCGCCGAGGACGAGCGAAAGAGGGCCGCCGCAGCCAGAGCAGUCCGACAGAACAGUCUCCACUGCCUGAUCGCCCUCAACCGGCUCAAUCCGCGAGCGCUCUACGCCUACUGGCCGUCACUCUUUCCCGACAGCAUCUUGCCGCCUGCCGCUCUACCGCGGCAGCAGCCCUUCUCCGCGUCGACAUCCGAUGCCGUUGCAUCUCGAUCAUCGCCGCACUCGGCGGCUCGGACCGCUGUCGGUGGCGCCAGCACCCAGAACCUGGGCCGGCAGGCGUCCCUCUUCACCAUUGUCGACGUCGAGGCGUCACUCAGUGUUAGGCUCACGGCGAUCGAUGCCAUGGUCAGCUUGCUCAACGGUGGCCAGGCCUAUCUGGGCGCGGCGCAGCAACGCUCAGGGAGGGUGCCCGCUUUCACCUCGCUAUCCGCAAAGCUGGCUGCGCUGAUCAUCGAUCUCCGUGCUUGCUUGCUGCAGAGCUUGCAGAGCGCAGCGUUGGGUCAGGCGCUGCAAAAUCCCGGCGCACCGGAUACAGCCCCACCCUCAGCGUCACAGCACGCUGCCAGCACGGCCCGUGCCGAGCUGCUCACAUCCAACGCCGACGUCUUGCAACCAGCCGUCUUCAAGCUGUGUUCGCACCCCGACUCGAACGUCGUCGCCCUAGCCUAUGGCACGAUGGCGGCGCUAGCGGCCAGCGGUCCGUCCAGCCGCGGUGGCGCCAUCGGCUACGGUGACUGGCAUCCCGGGAUCCCGGCAUCGGGCAAUGCCGAAGUGGCCGCCGCUCUACUCGACAAGCUCCAGGCCAGCGUGACGACGCCCGGCGCAGAGACGGUGACCGUGCAGCUGUGGCGGACGCUCGCGCUCUGCAUCGGCUCGCAGGUCGCCCGUUUGGCAGUCUCCGCCCUGGUCCGGUCAGUCGCGCUCUGCGAGGGCAGGGUGACUGGCGUCGUGGGCCCUCGAUCCUCGCAAGACGAGCGCCAGGCAGUUGCCGAGUACCUCUUUGCACUGCUCGGGGGCAUGGCAUCACUGCCCGCGACGCUUCGACGGGAUUUCCUGCUCCAGGUCGACCUCCCGGCGGCAAGGGCAACCUCACCAGUCUCGGCCGCGACAUCAGACCAUCGCCUACGCGUCCUCCUCGUCCAUCUUGGUCGAGACUCGGCUGCGGGCGUGCGGAGGAUUGCCGCCGCCACCCUACCGGCUUGGGCCUCGAUGCGACAGGGUAUCGAAGCCCUCGACCCCGGUUCAAACGAUGCCAGAGAUAUCGAGCUGCUCGAACGCCUGUCGCACGACCAGGACGAGAGCGUACGGGCCGAGGUUAUCCGAGCGCUUGGCCACAUUGUCGACGCCCCUGCGCGUUCCGACGCCCUCGAGGCGGCCCGGAACGGUCACGACGGCGGUGACAGCGUUUCAAGCGGUACCGCGUCGCUGCGCCGGUCCAUGCUGUUUGGACCUGACGACGAUGGCUCACCGUCGUUCCGCUCGCCGCCUCCUCUGCUGCUUGAUGCCUUGUCGGAUGCAUCGACGGCAGUCCGGCAGCAGGCCGCGUGGGCGCUGGCCAACUGGACAGAGAGCCUGGCCAACGCCGCUGCAGACCAGGCGGAUCCGUUAGCGGGGCCGAUCGUCGACCCGGUCACCUGGUCGAGCUUGGCGCGCGGCGCUCUUUGCGUGCAAGGCGACGCCCCCGCUGUCGUGGUGGGAUCGCUGCGCGCUUGCGGCUGCCUGCUCUCUCUGAUCAGGUUCGACUCUGAUGGCGCCGCGCACGACCCUCGAUCGCCAGACGACGGUGUGCGAGGCCAGACGCUCGAGGUGAUUGGCGUGGUCUGCUCCGUCUUGGAGCCAAGUCUCCGAGGUGCGGCGACCGGCAGCGCGGGCAAGGCGUCGCCCAGGAGCCCAAAGAUGCUCUGGAAUGCGGCCAGCGCGCUGGGGAGGGCGGUGCGGAACCCGAGCCUGCUCUCGUGGCUGUCGGAGCGGCAGCGGGCGACCGAGUCGCAGGCGGGUCGCCAGACGCUGUCACGCGUCCUCGCAGCGUUGGGCACCGGUCUGACGUCCAAGUACUUUAAGGUCAAGAUGAUCUGCGCCGAGGCGUUGCUUGCCGUUGCUCCGACGGGCGACGGGUCGGCAUCCGCGGCGACGACGGCGACGGCGACGGCGGCAACGUUGCGGCGCGAAGACGUGGAGAUGCUGGCGGAAUCGGUGGACAAGGCGAGCCAGCGCCUCGAGGCAGAGAUUGAGGCGGCAUCGUUUAAAGAGGUCAGCCUGCACGGGCAGGAGUGCCGGAAGCUGUUUGAGCGGCUUUGCGAGGAGUUUGGUGUCCGGUGGGCCGAGGCGGGGCCCAAGGUGGUCGAGUGA